AUGCCUGAACCAAAGCGGACCAAGAGGGAGAAGGAGGCAAGAAAGGAGCAGAAGAAAGAGCAGAAGAAGGAUCAGAAGAAGGACCAGGCGAAAGAAAGCGACAAGAGCAGCAAGGAAGCUCCAAAGCCGGCCAAGGAGGCAUCGAAGCCGAAGGAGGCCCAGAGCAUGGAUGCGAAGGAUGCCAAGGUUCAGAAGGAAGAGACGUCAAAACCCGAGAAGCAAAAGUCGCCGGAAGAGCUCCGGCGCGAGAAGCUUCGGCAAGUUGAGGCAGAGGUGGAGCGCUUCCGCCAGCAGCUUGAGAAGCAGCGCUACGAGCCGGAGGUGGUGCAGAUGAAAUGCGACCGCCGCCGGAUGGAGCUGCUUGAGGCAGCCGCGCACGAGGAGUCUUUCUCGCUGCGACAGAAAUCCGUCGACGCGGCGGCUGCAGGUGCCUCGGAAUCCCUGCCAGCCAGCAAAGACAAGGAGGCAACCACAUCGCAGCCUCAAGCGGCUGCCAAAGAGGAGGGCCCCAAGGAAGGCAAGGAUGGUAAGCAGGAUAGCAAGUCAGGGAGGGAAAAGGAUGCCAAAGACUCCAAGUCCAAAGAUGGUCAAGAGACCAAGGCCGUGAAAGACUCAAAGCCACCAAAGGAAGCAGCACGUGAGAAGGUCCGGACCGCGCCGCAGACGAAGGAGAGGGAGAAGGACAAGGAUAAAGACAAAGACAAGGAGAAGGAGAAGGCCAAAGAGAAGACCAAGGAGAAAGAAAAGAGCAAACCCAAGGAUCAGGAGAAGGACAAGGAUCGGAAGAAGAGGAGCCGCGAACGUCGGGAGAGCAGCUCAAGCUGCAGCCGAAGCAGGAAGCGGAAAGCCAGCCAGAGCCAGAGUCGCAAGAAGCGCUGA